AUGCCCGUCUCCAAACACGCCAGCGCCACCACGAGGCGCCACAAGAACGCCUCAAAGAUCUACCAGAAGCAGCAUGAUUACGGACAGAGCGCCCGCCACAGAGCGGCAGCGGACGUCGGCGCGGCCGCGACCGCGGACAGGCGCCGCGCAGACGCCGUUGCGCGCGCUGCCGCGCCGGCGUCUGCAGAGGAGGCGGAGGUGCUGGUGGUCGCCGGCGGCGUGCUGGCCGCACUGUUCGCGCCCUCCACUCGAGGCCCCGACAGCGGCGGCGGCGCCCACAGGCCCCCGACGGGCGCUCAGCGGCGCGCUCUCAGGCGCCGCGCGCAGGCCGGCGCGUGCGGCCCCGCCCCGGCUGCCGUGUCCGCUCGCGCCACCCCCGCCCCAGCUCCCACCAAAGGCCUCAUCGGCAGCCCGUCGGUCGCCACCAAGGCCAGGGCCCUGUCGCGCUCCUCCUCUGGCCACGACGUCAGCGCGCACCGCGGCGCAGAGCAGGGGCUGCAGGGCAGCGCCACAGCCGCGCUGCCACCCACUGCCCUGACCCUGCGCGCGUUCCGCCGCCGCAGCAGCGGCGGCAGCCGCCGCUCAGGCGGCCUGUCCCUUCCUUCCUCCGCCGGCUCCAGCUUUGCCCUGGGCCGCAGCUCCUCCUUCGACUGCGCCCUGCUGUGGCCCAUCAAAGGAAGCGGCGGCGGCAACGCCGCCGCCGACAGCAGCGACGGCAGCACGGGCGGCAGCGGCUCCUUCACCGCCGCGAGCGCCGGCAGUGCCGCCGCCAGGACUCCCUCUUUCAGCCGCACCCUCAGCGGCAGCAGCACCACCACCACCAGCGCCACCACCACCACUGACCGCUGUGCGCGCCUUGGCGGCUCCUUCACCCUCGUCGGCGGGGGCAGCCUGGGCCGCAGCCUCAGCGGCCUGCGGCGCCCCAGCACGGCGUCGCUGUACCGCAGCGGCUCGAUGGCGCUGGGCAGCGGCGAGCAGCAGGCGCCAGCUGUGCCGGCCCCCAGCCCUCCUGCCGCGUGCGUGGUUGAGCCCGCGGCUGCCACGAUUGCUGACAGCGCGGCCGCCGCCCCGGGCCGCGGGCGUACCGACGGCGCCCUGCUCUCGCCGGAGGCCCCACAACCCGCCAGCGACGGCGGCGACGACUGCCCGGCGGCGUCCCGCAGCGAUGGCGCCGACGUGACAGAUGCCAGCAGCGGCCCCUGCGGCGCCGAGGGCCGCGCCGCCUGGCCGCCGACCGGCUUCCUGGGAAAGGCCGCGUACUCGGGCGGCAUCGUGCUGAGCACCGGCGUGGUGAUCAGCACCCUUGCGGGGGUCAUCCUGGGCGGCGCUGCAGGGGUCAUCGCCGUGGGCGGCUGCCGCGCCACCGCCGGCUGGGUGCGUGCGGCAUGGCUGCGCGCAGAGUCGGGGUUUUACGGCCCCAAGUACAGGGAGAUGCAGGCCGUCCUGCGGGAGGCAGAGGCGAUGGACAGGCAGGAGCGCCAGCUGCUGCACGGCUGCAUGUAA